AUGACUCUUAUGACCGCCAUCUCUUCCCUCGGAAACGUCAACAGCAUGACCUCCAACAAGUCCAUGACAUCCUACUCGUCCACCAACACUGUAUCAGUGGGCCAAUCCAAUAACCAAACAUCCUUGCUCGGACUUGGAGCUGCAGUUGGAGUUGGAGCUGCCGUCAAUGUCCUCGGCCUUGGCAUCGGUGUUAACGCUGUCAUUCAAUCAAUUAUCCAAUUGUAA